UUCAAAUCUAACCUAUAUGGAAAUAUUGCAUAAAGUAUUAACACUAUAUCCUAUAAUUUAGUUUUGGGUUGGAAAAAAUGAAGUAUGCUAGCGUUGUAUAAACAAAUUAACUUUUCUUUAACUUAAUAAAAAGUUAACAAAAUUUGUGUAUUAACUUUUAACUGAACUGAGUUAAAUUAACUUUUAACUUUUAACUUUUUGUUAUUGGUGCAUAUUAACUUAACUGAGUUAAAAAAAAAUCAUUAACUUGCCCAGCCUUGGUUAUUGCAUUUUCAACUGUUAUAGACGCGCAUUUACGUGAAGCAAUUAUUGUUGUAAACGUUUUUUGCCGUAUCCCUUUGUGCGCUGAACAUUUUUUUUUGAUUUUAUAAUCAUUCGAUAUCGUUGUUUAAUUAACUAUUACCUAUACUGUAUAAAAAGUAUUAAUAGUACUUAUAUAGGUACGAUGACUGCACCAAGUUUAAAAAGGGUAAGUGAAAUAAUAUUUUUUACAAACAUUUUUCUGUAGACUUCAGACGGUAACUCGUAUGGUACAUUGGUACCUACGUAUGUACGAAAAGGUCAGGCCAUGCAUAGUUUAAACUUUAAGUACCUACUUACCUAUUAUCAAACUUUUAAGUAGGAAUAUUACGUAUUCUCAGCGUCAACUUUUAUUCGAUAUUUUAAUUUUCAAGCGAGAUAUGAUCAUUUUAUUUUAUGUUUGUAAGAUGGUGACUAGAAAUACAGUUAUUAUAGGUAGUAUAGGUAGAUACACAUGUUAAGUACUUUUUUGACAUUAAAAAGAUCACUAAUUUUCUUUUUUUUUGAGAAAUAUCCCCACUCGUACGCACGUACGCGUAGAAGUACGCGCUACUAGUGAGAAACGGUGGUGGUGUGUAUUGAGCGUGUGGCGGACCAACUACCGCAGACGAUAUUCAGUCGCGGGCUCGCCAGAGAGGCGAUAUGUUGUCAUUUAAUGGUAUCGGUGAUCUACGUUUUCUUAUAAUAUAAUAUAUAUAUAUAUAUAUUAUAAUUAUUAUUCCAUCGUCGCUGCCAAACCAGUCGGUGUUUCAUUUUCAAAUUCACUCUUGCUGCAACGCCGUUUCACCCCCUAAAAUGUGGACUGUUGUUUGCUUCGAAGACAACAGCAUAGCAGCUGUACCUCAAUUUUGGUUUGAGAGAGGAGUAUGCGCAUGGCCCAAAAAAUCACCGAGAAAAUGUAUAGAGCGACGCAUAAAACCAAACGAAGUGGAUUUUCAAUACUUAAAAGCAGUCUUAUUGAUGCCCGUUCAUUUGCUAAAGAUAAUUCUGAGGUUUCUUCAAAUGAAAUUUAUGUGUUUGAAGAAAAUAAAAAAAAUAGAAACAAAAGUAUUCAACGGUCAAGUGCUGGUUCAUCUAAGGAAUUCAUUGUUCCUAAACUUCCAACGGUUUCUUCUGAUGAAUCUGAAGAUGAAGAAAAUCCAGGCAAUUCAUGUUAUCCAGAUGCAUCAUCAUUAUCCCAAACUGAUGAACUAUUCGCCAAUAAUAGUCCAUCAAACUCUGUUGAAUCUCACAAGAAACACAUAAAAUAUUUUAUAUAUAUUUUAAGAGAUUAUAGUAAAAACAUUUGAUCCUCUGCCAAAUAGUGAUCUAAUAAUAUUAUUGUGACAAUAAUCAAAAAUAUUCCUCGAAUAUACAUCAAAUAUUUAAAUUUAAGAAUGAAUAUUGUUAAAAAAUUGUAAAAAUAUAAUUUUGCUGUGUGGGCAGG